UCAAUCACGAAUGAUGGAGGCGAAUGUUUUGAUGGAGUCUUGGGACUAAUGAGCUCAGCUUGCUGGCGUUGCAACGCGCUUAAGUGCCGCAGUGUGGUUGAAAACAGCGCAGAAACUGCACCAGCCGAUGCUGUUUUAUGUGCAGUAUCAGUUUGGAGACGAAUUUAACUCGUCUAAGGAAGAAAACGCUCAGUUCGCUAACAUCGCUGGCUGCGGUGGCCUAGCUAACAGCAGCUAGCUCUAUGAAGUUGGACUGUGUUUUCAAUUAAUCGACGAACUGUGAGGGCCGCUUUUAACCUGCCGUCUGUUUUGAAAUCAUAUUUCAGCUUUGCCUGAACUUUUUUUGUCUGCACUGUGACUGUAGGGACAAAAGAUAAUCGCGCGCAGUCAGCUGAUCGGAUAGCCAAGUGUGAGCGCGACUUCUUGAGAUCACAUCAAGGAGAAGUGCUUAUCCAUGUCCAGGAGCUGCUGCAGAUUAUUAAUCUUUAAUAACCUCAGCAAACAUGUCUUUAGUCGCCUAUGGAAGCAGUGAUGACAGUGACUCGGAGGAAACCUCCGGCUCUGCCCCGGCGGAGAGCAGACCCGGCACAGGAGGACUCUUCUCUCUCCUGCCUGCUCCCAAAAAAACAGCAUCGGCCAGAGGGAACGAUGGACCAAGCAAGGAGACAAAAGCAAGCCCUUCGGCAGGAGACAGCACAUCAGCUGAUGACCUAGAUCCUCAUGCAGCUAAAGGAGGUUUAUUCUCUAGUCUGCCUAAACCGAGGAAACGAACAGAGCCGGUCAAAAUCACUGUACCACAGAUCCAGAGACAGGAUUCAGACUCAGAUGAUGACGAACCAGCAAAGAAGAAACAACCUCAGGGUGCAGGUUCAGGCCUGUCCUCCCUACUGCCACAACCCAAGAACCUGACAGUGAAGGAGACUGACAGAGCUCUGAUUCCUCAUGCACUCACCAAACGGCAAGAACCUAAAGGACCCAAACCUGGACCUCCUGCUCAGGGUCUGCUUGGUUCUAGUGCAUCUCCCUCUGCAAUCAAAGCUGCAGCAAAGUCAGCGGCCCUGCAGCUGGCUAGGCAAAUAGCCACAGAUGACCAGGACAACGAGGAGGACAUAACCCCACAGAACUACUUUUCCCUAGGCGAGAGCUCCCAACCUCUCCCCGCUGUUGUCCCCAGCUUAGACCCAGAGCCAGGAGCCCCCACAGAGCCCCUUCCUUUCGCAGCUGCUGAUGAGCCAGGACAGUCGGACGCCCCUCUCGACUUUGGGGGUAACCAUGACGCAUCUGGUGCAUGGGGAGGUCAAUAUCAGCAGUACCAACAGCCCAUAGCAGGCCCAGAGGUGUUCCCUCCGGGAUACUAUAAUGAGCCAUACUACCAGGACCCUAACCCUGGAUCAGCAGAGGCUGAGGAGCCCGGCCACUCCGCCAUGUUUGAUGACGAAGCGUUUAUGCGGCUGCAGGGAAAAAGAAACCGAGGCAAAGAGGAGGUGAAGUUCCUGGAGAUCAAAGGUGACGACCAGCUGAGUGGUAACCAGCAGUGGAUGACGAAGAGCAUGACGGAGGAGAAGCAGACCCGCCAGUCCUUCAGCAAGAAAAAAGGAGAGCAACCCACCGGACAACAGCGACGCAAGCAUCAGAUAACGUAUCUCAUUCACCAGGCAAAGGAACGCGAGCUGGAGCUGAAGAACAGUUGGGCAGAUAACAAGCUAACCCGCCGGCAGACCCAGGCCAAAUACGGUUUCUAAAUGUCAUGACCGUGGACUCUGGUGGCAAACAGAAACAGUGCGUCAGAAAUUAGAGUAGAGCUUUCCACAUUCACCUACGUAAAGGGAAAAAUUUCGGAACAAAAAGCAUCCAAAUCCAGAUUCUCCUUCCUCCCUUUCAUCCUGUAUUUGUGUUGAACUGUUAAUAUUCAGUAGUUCUUUUGCUCAGUCGUUCGAUAAGGUGUUGAAUCUAAAAUCCAGCCGCAGCCGUUCACAGUAACUCUCAGCAAACAUAGGCAGCGUACCUGCAUUCCAGCCUAACAGUAUUCUUAAGGUUCAUCCGUGGCAGAAAAGAUGUAUCAUGACCCUGAAGCGGCCAUUAUAAAUGUGUUUCCUUUGAAUGUGUGUGCUUCCUUUUCAUGGUGUACUUUUUUGUGUGUGUGGUUAAAACACGAAAAAGGUUUGGUUCUCUGGAAAUCAUUCAGUUAUUGGUGAAACGAGAAAGCUGUGACGCGUUACGUAUUUAUACGCUGAAUUAACAAGUUUGUAAUAAACCUAGUUGGAAUCAGUGUGUUGCAGCAGCUCGUGACUCACUAAAGGUUUCUCUUAUCUGUGCUUUGUUGUUUCAUUUUCACUUCUUCCAGCCGAAAACUGAAUUGCCAGAGAACCAAACGUCACUUCCAGGUGGUUCUUUAGCUGCAUUCAAGAUCAGAAAUAGGAGCUUCACCUUAGUUUGACCUCCUGCAUCCAGCCGGCGAUGCUCCUUUUCAGUACUCUGAUCUAAAUAAGUGAAUAACUGCCCGAGAAAACUCAUUUCAAGUUGAUAUUUGAUUCUCUGAGAGUGCUGGAGUCAUGCUGUAUUUCUUUUUCUGACACUCCACGUCGUUUUCUGUACACCUGAACUGUCCUUUAGUGAGGGAAUGUUUUGAAUGCUGCUGUUUGGGGGGAAAAAAUGCGACAAACUGGAGGUCAAACAAGAUGCUGCAGAGAAUAAUGCAGAUGUUUCUUUUACAUGAGCGGAGGUGCGUCUUCAGUCUUUCCCAUUCUGCAAACACACCUUUCAUAUGGGUAUCGAGGUGCUGACAUUUACUGUGUGUUCUCUCCUCUAGGCAGACGACACUCGGUCAGUGUUCUGUUCUCAGACUGUAGCAGUGUGAAUCCAUGAGCCAGUUUGCUUCUAAAUGCAAUAGAUUUCAUACGCGCUGCAUUUUGCCUCCAAAUGUGAACCGCUGCAGGUGGAUCGAGACACAACCUGAUCUGCCUCAAAGAUUAAUCUGUUCGGCAGAAACAUUCAGAUUUCACACAGAUGACCUGCGGAGCUUGUGACGAUGUAUUCACGCACUUGUUACUGAAUGAACAAGCGAACGUAACUCGCUACACAGAGACAAGCGUACAGAGCGUCAUUCAGAUCUUCAGCAAAACACACGUCUGUUUCCCAAAUUCAGUCACUGAAAUCAUGUAACAGCGUCGCUGAGAGCUCCCCCCCUUGUUUUUUUUGUUUACCUUUUGUUUUGUGCAUUUGAAACUGAUGAAUGAAUUUUUGCCUCUCCUCGCUCCAGACCUUUGAGUGACAGUUCUGAUGACGGCUAGCGUCCUUCUGAUGCAGGUUUUUCAUUCAGUAACACAUGUUGGGUUAUUGUCCUGUAGCUCCCUCAACACAACUCUGUUUUCUUCCCUUUUAAAUCAGUGGAAAACCUUUGAUUUUCCACAACACUGAACCCUAAAUUGAAUAAAAAAAGUGUUCUUGCAUAAUACAGUAUUGUUUUAAUGUUGCGUUCACAGCCGUCAUAAGUAAACACUGAUCAGCGACGUUACAGGGA